AUGGCAUCAUGGAUGAAAAACUGUAGUUUCUCAAUAAUCAUAUUUUGGUAUUUACCAAAAAUUUCUGUUUGGUCCAUGACGUACAAAAAAAAGGUACGCCAUUUUCAGGGAACGUUUAUAAUUUGUAUUUUAUAUUUUAUCCAUAAGAGUUUAGUGGUUUUUAGGCUUCUGGUUUGUCUAUUUCUUUCCGAAUGUGAAUUUUUGACUGCCAGUCGUAUUCGUUACAUCCACAAGCAUCAUUAUGGACGCCGUAACGAUCAAAUUGAAAAAAAUGUUACUUUCUCGAAACGUCGUUUUCCAGGUAAUUCAAAAUAAUUUGAUAUGUGCGCAAAGAAGAGAACUGCGUGUUGAAGUAAUUUGUUUAGGGGUCAUUUCUUGCUCAUCAAUCGAAUUCUUUAUUUAUAUAAGUUUUUUACUAAGUCUAUUUUUGAUCUUAUCAGUCGCAUACAAUAGAUGUUCGAAAGCAGACGUACCUACCUAUUUUGAUUUUCAACGCAUACAAUUAAAUGUAUCCGAAAAAAGAACGUUAUUGUUUACAUGCGUUCAAUUUUGGCGUUUUAGAGAAUAACCUUACAAGCAAAUUUAGAAUAUUAUUUUAAUAAAUAAUCUAAUUAGAAUUUUUUGUAUAGGUACCAGCUACCUACCUACACAAUACAUCGUUGAACUUAUUUUUACAAAUCUUUGGUGUUCAAAUCUACUGAACGAAUAUGAUUAUACUAUUUUGUUACUCUUAUUACCUAAUGAACUUUUAUUGUAAAUAAUACGAUUUAUUAUAGUCGCGCUGUAGUGCAUUAUAUUAAUAUUAGGUACAAUAGACAAUAAUAUAACCAGGUACGUAUCUACCUACAUUAUUACGUUUAUAAUAUUGUCUAAAAAUAUAUAUUUGUACGCUACCGUAAUGAUAACAAUGUUAUAAUUAUUAUAUUAUUAUAUAAGUACAUAAUAUAAUUGGUAUUAUGUGUUCAUGAUUACGACAAUUACAAGUGAUAUGCUAUAGUAUAGAGUAGUUUUUCAAUUUGUUUCAUUUUUUAAAUUUGUAUUUUAAGGCACUGGAUUCAAAAAUGUUUUAACUGUCGCUCUUUUAGAUUCUGAGUGUAGAAAUACAUAUAUUGGUUUUAUUACGAUGAAUAUUUUUUUUUCUGUAAGUAACUUUUCUCCCAGAGAUCUUGCUCCAAUCAAAAAAUGAAGGUACACUUUUGUUGUAUUUUGGAUCUAGUUGAUACAUUUUAAAAGUUAUGUUUUGGUGUUCCAAAGGGUUAUUCCUAAUAAUAAGGAAAAACAGACAAAUAUUUACACCGUCAAGAUUUUGAUUAUUUUUAAUUUAUGCGAUUUAUACGAAUACCCUCCAGACAUCUUGCACCAAUCAAAAACUAACUAAAAAUCUUUUUUGUUGUAUUUUGUUUCUAAUUUGGUGAGUAAGUGUAUAAAUGUUUUUAGUGUUAUUUCCCAUGUAGUUUUCUUUAUAAUUGGGCAAAACGUAAUAAUAAUUGGAAAAAAAACCUAAGGAAGUACGAAAUUAUCGGUUUUAUUAUUUUCGAUUAUGGUUGUUUGGUUAAAAAUAUUCGUAGAGACCCGACAUUUUUAAUGAAUACUGGACUUAUAUUGGACUUUUUUAUGCGUGGUAUGAAUUACAAAUCAUUCAUUCGAUUUUAGAGCUGUAUGUAGGCAUUUUACCAUUUUAGGCAUUUUUUGUCAUUCAAAUUGACAACAAUGGAGAAGUUUUAGUUUUUAUUAAGUAGGUACUAUUUGGAUAUAAUUUUUAGCUAAACAGAAAUGUUUGAAAAUUUAACACGAAGUUCAUUAUAAGCUACUAUACUUAGUGGUAAAAAAAAAAAUAGUACCUAAUGAAGUAGUUUUUUAUAACGUAUUUUAAAGUUAAAUUUUGACCAAAAUCCUAAAAAUUUCAAAACAUGUAUACCCGAACUUCGCUUUGAAUUAUUUUUCGUUAGCAAUGGUUGGUUGCAGAUAUAAAUUAAAUCACUUUAUGUAUCUUAUCUACUCCACUUCUCACCUACUACUGUGGCACACUUAAUCCCAGUAUCAAGUUUUUUUUUAUUUUGAAAGAUUAAGACAAAAGUUAACACAAAAAAACUUGUAAUACAAACUUUUGACUGUUGAAAAUGAUUUACCAUUGCUAACGAAAGACGAUUUGAAAGACCGUAAUAUUUAUGAUUUGAAAAUAGCAUAUUUCGUAAAUUUUUCUGUUUUCCAAUUUAUUAUGAAAACCCUUGGAAAAAUCAAAAAAUGACUUCCCUAAAGUAAACCCCAUUUAAAAAUUUCCGAUCAGAAAAUGUGAUACACUUAAAACCGAAGUAAAUUUUUUGGUAAAAAAGUAGUUAAAAGAAAAAAAAAUUAACGUCGUAAAAUGUAUACAUUCCUCGCUCCACUCAACAUUUAAAAAAGAACUGAUAUUUGGGACUGUUGUGACACUGUAUAGAUGGAGAAUUGAGAAUGUAGGAUACAAAGAGUAAUAAUUUAAUUUAUAUUGGGGGUAACGAUAAACUAUUGCUAACAAAAUCGAUUCAGACCGAAAUUCGGCUAUAUACGUUUUGAAAGGUCAUAAUUGUAAUUUUAAUGAGUUCUUAUUAAAAAAAAUACUACAUUAAACUCAACUUUUUCCUGUUGACCACUAAGUACAAUUUAAAAUCAAUCUCCUGUUCAAUUUUCAAGCAAUUCUGUUUGGUGAAACAAAUUUAUCCACAGAAUACCAAAUAAAAAUUAUGUAAAAACUCGAAAAAUUUAAAUGUCUAUGAAUAGCUCAAAAAUUACUCAAAAGUUUUUUUGAACUAUAAAAAAUUUACUUUUUAAGCAACUAGAUCCAAAAUACUAAAAUAAUAGAUAAUAAUUAAAAAAAAUAAUUAAAUAAUAAUUAUAAUGAAUGAAUUUAUUAUUAUUAUUAUUAUUAACAUUAUAUAAUAUAAUUGUAGCUGAAUUAAGUACCUUUUUAUUUCUCAGUAAGUUGUUAAUAGGUACUUAAAAAAAGUAGUUGAGCAUUUAAAGAUUUACAAAUUAAUGUUAACAAAACAGAAUAAAAAUAAAAGGGGUUAAUUACCGGCAAGAUGAAAAUUGAAAACCACAACUUUAUGAGAGUAUUCCACUUUAAUUACUUAGGAUCAAUUUUAACUAAUGACACUGGUAUACGAGUAGAGAUUGAUACCAGACAUCAAAUAGAUAAUAAAAUAAUAACUGCUAUUAUGAUUUUGGAAAACUACUAAGAUGUUUUUUUUUAUUUUCGUUAUAAAGUAAAAACAUUUUUUUUAAUAUUUUGAUCAAUGUUAAUUUAGUUAUUGAUUAUUGAAUAGUGGCUAGAUAAAUAGUAACUUCAAUCAAUCAAUGUAGCCUAAUGGCUCAUAAAGUAAUAACUCUAUAUGGUUUUCUGGUGAAAUUGUAUCCAUAGAUAAUCGAAAUAUAAUAGCAUUUGUGAACAAUCAUCAUUCAGCAUGUAUGAUUGACCCAUAGACAUUAUUAACGUGUCUUUGAUAAAAUAUUAAUGAAAAAAUAUUACCAUUAAUGUCAUAUUUAUUUACUAUAGAAACAAUAAAUAAAGUAAACUCUUUGAAAUGGUGAUAACUACUUUUAAGCAAUUAAAUUAGCAUAAGAAAUAUUUUAUAAAACUAAGUACCAGAAAAGCAGGGAAAAUAUUUAAUUUUUAAAAGCUUUUAUUUACUUUUUAGGUUUUUUUUUUUUUAUGUAAAAUUUUUAUGUAUAAAGUACAAUACCUAAGAGAUUGAAUUUAGAUUAAGAUUAUUGAUUAUUAAGUUUUUAAAAUAAAGAUUUAUGAAAAUAAUCAAUUUAUGUAAAUUGUUAUCUAAUAAUUAAUAUGUACAUCAAACUAAUGGUGAUAUUAAAAAUAUGAAGUAUGAUCCUGCAAUGAUUUGCUACUGCUGAAUAAUAGUAAUAAUAGUUUUUUUGUCCAUUACAAUCAAAUUAAUAAACAAAAAUAAAUAAAUGAACAAUUAGAUAUUCCUACCAAAAAUAUCUACAAAUCCCUAUUUUACUUACCCCCUUAGAAGUUGAAUUUUCAAAAAUCCUUUCUUAAUAUGCCUAUGUAAUAAUAGCUAUCUGUAUGCCAAAUUUCAGCCCUAUCGGUCCAGUGGUUUGGGCUAGGCAAUGAUAAAUCAUUCGGCCAAGACAUGUUAUUUUGUAAUAGGUUAAUUGGAAUUUAAUUGACAAUUGUACUACCAAAAUAAACCACAUAAACUCAUGUCUUAUAAAUUAUUUAUCCAUUAUUUAUAAAAUGAUAACGUCAAACUAUAAAAAAUUUAUAAUGAUAUUUUAUUGUGUUUUAAACAUAGUUUAUUUUAUUUCAUGACUUAAACCAAUUUAAAUAGUUGUAUUAAAGAAAUGUUUAAAACAUACAGUUUUUUAAUGUGUUGGUUUUAAUAAAACAGUUUUAAACAAAUAUAAAAAAAAAAAAAAAGGAAAUGCUUCGCACGAUGGGUGGGCCACUGUUUUAGGUGAGAAGUUGGGAAGGUGGAGGGAAAAUUUAAUGUAUAUUUGUACGCGACGUUUAUCUGUUUCUAACCAAAAACGAUUCAGAGCAGAGUUCGGUUACACAUGUUUUGAAACGCCUUAAUAUGAAAAUAAUACAUUUCGUAAAUUUUCACGGUUUUUCCGAUUUAUUAUGAAGACCCCUCCUUAAGUACCACUCUAGUUUAUUUUUUUUUUCAGAAAAUGUACUACACUUGAAAAUCUGAACAAAAUUUUAAAACAAAUACAUUCCUUGCUUCACUCAGAAUCCAAAAUAUAAUCAUUUAAAUUUGCAAUCUUGGUCCAAAGCUAGUUCCAACAAUUUACAAGUUCAGGUAUAUACGACAUUGAUAUUUCCAGUUAUAGCUUGGAAACAUGACCUUAGAAACGCAAAGUAAAUAAAGUUGAAGGUUUUCAAACAGAAGUUCUGAGAAUAAUGCAAGAAUGAUCAAACUGGGAUGUGGAGGAAGACACACAACCAUGGACUCCAGGCCCUUUUUUAACACCUUAACAUUUCAAAUUAAUCUUAGUUAGUAAUCUAAAGUUAGAAGAAUGAAAUAGACAGGUCAUGCAUGGGCAUGGAGGAAACAGGCCAAUAAUUUGGACAGUUAUUGAAAACAACCAAGUUGGAAAACAGUCUCUGGGAAAACCUUGAUUAAGGUUAGGUUAGGUGGAUUUUUGUUGCUAGAGAUGUAAGAAGAGUAGAUCUUGAAACACAGUGAAAAGAAAUAUCGGAGGACAAAAAUAGGUAUUUUCAUGGAUAUAAUAUAUGCUUGGAGAGCACUUACCCAUUAAAAAAAAAAAGUGUUUAUAUCAAAUGUUGUCAAAAAUCUUUAAAAUUACAAUUGCGGCAUUUUAAAACAUCUAUAACCGAACUUUGAUCUGAUUUAUAUUUCGUUAACUAUGGUUUAUCAUUGCUUUCAGAUAUAAAUUAAAAAUAACUUUAUGUAUCUUACAAUCCUACCUUCAACCUACAGUGGUGCAUUCUUUUUUAUGGUCGGUUACAAACUUUGACCUUGGAUUUUAUAAAAUUUCUUACUAAAUUAAUUUUCAUUCCCUUAAUCCAUGCUUAUAAAUUAUUUACCUACAUCUACGUGUUAAUACAUUUUAAUAAAAUAAAAAAAUCUGAUUUCAGGAUAAAAGUAUUCAAUUUAUGAUUCAUAGUUUAAAAGAUCCAAAAAAAUUUAACGUAAUCAGUACAAUAUAUUUAAAUGCUGACAUUAUUAAUUUUUUAUGUGAACCAUUACUUUCAAUUAAUACUUCUUUAAUAAAGUAAAGGAUUAAACAAAUAUCUAGUUUUUAUAUAAUAUUUAUCAUUGGAAUAGUUAAUAAAGUUAUUAAUUUUAUUUUAUAGAAGUAUAUGUUUAUGCGUGUGGAUGUUAUCUAAGAAUAAUUCAUUUUAUGAAAGAAAUGAUGUGUUAUAUACAUGCAAUAGUUUAUUGCGAACGCUUGCUUUUUUAAUAAAAACUCCUGAUCCCUGUAUAACUGAUUUAAUUGAACUAUUGGCAAUAAUUAUUAAAAAGUAAGUAUAAAUUGUAAUUUGUAUUCUGUAAUAAUUUGUUAUAUUAUUAGUAUGUUUAAAUGAUUUUAGAGGAAGAACCAAUCUUUUAGAAAUGUGUAAUGUGUCACAAAUUUUAACAGUUAUAACAAUGAUUUUUAGUAAUUCACGUGACUUACCAGGUCAAUGUAUUAUUAAUGCUACUUCUAUACUAACGUGUAUUUUAUCAAGUUCUUCAAUUGAAUUAAGUGGUAUAUUAUUUAAUACGAGUAUAUCCAUUUCAAAGGCGAUUUGUAAAAGUGUCAGAGAAAAACAUACUAUUGACCCUCGUGUAGUUGAUAUUGCAUCAAGUCUUUCUAGUAGCUUAUUAAGGUAAAAUUUAUUUAAAUAUAAUCAGUGGCAUAUAAGUGGAGUAGAUUGUUACAUUAUAAACAUAUUAUAUUUUAAAAAGGUAAAUACUAAAAAUAUAAUAGGUGUCUACCAAUAGCUCUAAUAAACUAGUUACCGUAGGUGAUUUAGUAAUUAAAAUCACUAUAGCUAUUUUGUUUUCUAUUUAUUUACACGGUAGACCCAUGAUUAUACGUGUUCACGAUUGAUUAUGCUCACUGCUCUAAAAUCUGUAUGUACCAAAAGUAAAAUCAUAGGCGCAUAAACAGUAUAUUGUACGUAGGUUAAGGUACUAUCUACCACCAAAUGUAAUUUCCUUAAUACAGUUAAUGGAUCAAAGUAUGAUUUCCUCUCUUAAGCGAAGGUACAAAUAAAUUUAUCUCCGUAAUCUCUAAAAAAUAAAAAAAAUUGUUUUGAUGAUUUUCUUGACCAAGUUCGGUGUUAUUGGUAGUACUGGUAAUUUUGUAGCCAUAGGUAAUUGUAGUUCUUAUUAUUGUUGUGACUAUAAUUUUUACAGUUUGCCUUUUCACCUUUUUUGUGUAUCAAUACGGUUAGAGUUUCAUUCCAGGUUUUUGGUAAGUGUUCAUCAUUCUAAAUCUUUAGAUAUGCUCUGAAAAUGAAGUGAUACAUCUAUUUAUUCCAUAUUUAAUGAGUUCAGUCAGUAUGUCUACUGAUCUUGAUACUUUCUAGUUUUUAAAAUUAUUAUUACUUUAUAGGUUUCUUCCUGGCUCAUUUUAUUUACCAUUGGCUUAACUCCAUACAGGUCUUCCCUUCUUAUUGAAUUAACUGGGAAUUAUCUGCAAUCUACAAAGUUCUACAAAAUAUUCCUUCCAUCUUUCAGCUUUUUCGUCAGGGCUAUUUAUUUAUAAUUUUUGAAUAUAUUUUAAUAAGUAAUAAUUUUAAGCUGUGAUUAUUUAGGUAAAUAGUGGAUAUGUAUUUAAACCCAUGCUAAAAUUCACAUUCAUCCAAAUUCCUCAAGAAUUCUAGAGUCUAGAAGAGUCACACGUCAAUUUUAGUGGGUCAAAAAAUCUUCUGGUUUUACAAAGAUGUUUAUUUUUAUUUUCUGUGAACAACUUUUCUACCAGAGGACUUGCUCUGAUUUUCACGUAUAGCAACUCUUUUGUAAGGAAAUCGGUUAGAGAGGAUUUUCUCAAGAAUUUUCUCAUCAAGUUAAAAAACUGAAAAAAUUAACGAAAUAUAAUAAAUAUAAUAUUAUGGCUUUUUUUUUUUUGCAGACAACUUUUUUACUUGCAAUUUUGCUCCAACUUUUAAUGAUAGCAAUGUUUUUAAAAAGAAAUUUCACUGGGGAGGUACUUUGAAAGGGUCUUGUUUUCAUUUUCCCUGGAGUUUUUUUGUGAAAAACUGGGAAAACCUGGAAAUUCAUUACAACAUUAAACAAAUAUUAUUAAAGAAAAUAUGUAGAACCUAUUUAAUUAUUUUACUAUAAUAUGGCAUAUAUAUUGUUGACGAAUUAUCACUAUCAACUGAACUCUGCUCAGAAUUGUUUUUUCAUAAGCAAUGGUUUAUAUUGUUGCAUACAGGUGUACAUUAAAUUACCUAUAACAGUGGCACCCUUCCCUAUUAUCCUAGGAUUUCUUUUUAACUUAUUAAACAAAUAAUAGAUGCAAUGUUUUAAAUUAAAAAUUUGUCAGAUAAAGGGAUCUUGAUGUUUAAAUGGUACUUCAUUUAUUGAUUUUGGUUUACAUCACUGCAAAUAUUUGAAUGGGAAUUUACUAUUUUUUUAUAUUUAAAUUUAAUAAUAAUUAUUGUAAUGUACAUAUCUUAUGUUAACUUAGAAAUAUUAUAAUAUUCUGUUUUAGACUAUAUUCUACCAUUAAAAGUAGAAUGUUAAUUGAUAAUAAUUUAAUAAAACAUAAAAAAGAAGGUACAUUGUUAAAAAAUACUGCAUGGAAUAUGAUAAAACACAUUAAUUUACCAUUUGUUCUUGUGAGUAUAAAUAUUAUUUUACAAAAACAAUGUACAACACUAAUGUACCUUGUAGUGUCUAAAUGUCCACUAGAAUAAUGACAUAUCAAUAAAUUUAGUACUUAAAUAAUAAAAUGAUAAUGUAUUAUAAUAUUAUAUUUAUAUUAAUCUGCAUAUUAAUUGAUUUACAUAUACUUAUAGAAUAAUGUGAAUAUAAAUAUGCACUUUGAAAGUUACCGGAAAGGAAUUAAAAGCUUAUUAAGUCCAUUUAAAGAAAGUCUGUCUAAUCAUGAUCGCCGUCAUGUAGUUGAUCAUUAUGCUGCGUCCAGAAUUAUAAAGAUUUUAUAUGAAUUAAUUGACUGCAAGUAAUUGAUUUUUAUUUUUGUAUAAACAUAUAUCAAGUAAUCCAAAUUUAGUCACCAUGUCUUAAUAUACAAAAAGUAAAACUGUAUGCAUGUAUUUAAAAUACAUCCAUCUUGGAAUCAUACCUAAUACAGUAAAUAUGUUGUUAACUCAGAUUUUUAAAAAAAAUGUAUUGUUCUAAUUUUAUAAAAUAAUUUGUAUUUAUAUUGAUUGUUUAUCAAUAUUCAAAAUUCUAUUAUGAAGUGGAGUUAAUAAGAAUAUUAUUAGUUUCCCAAAAAAAUUCAGAAUUUCUGGUAUCUGUGUCAUGAGAACUUGUAGUUUUUAAAAUGUAUGGUUAUUUUUAUACCAUUUGUUUGUUUUGGUUUUAAUUGUAUAGCAUCCAUCACUAAUUACAUUUAUUUUCUUAUUUAUUUAUAGCAAAACUAUUAGCUUACUCGUUGAAGAACUAUUGUUUGAAACAUUAUUCUAUUUAUCAUCUGCUUAUCUUGAAAUUGAUUGUCAUUGGCCUGGUGGUACUGAUAUGUUUCGCAAUCAAAUGGCAUGGAGUUUUAAGAAUUUUCCUAAAACUCAAAAAGAUAUUUGUUUAAUUUUAAUGAAUAGUAAAAGUAAUAAUGACUUGAAAUAUUUUAUUAUUAUUUUUAUUUAUUUCUAUCUUUUGACUUGUUCCAAGUAAGUUAUUUAACCAAAUAUAUCUACUUUCCUAUUUAAACUUCAUGUUAAAAAUAUAUACUUAUUGUAACAAAUGUUUAACACACUGAUUUUAGUACUGAAAAUGAGUCAAUAUAUUUAGAACCAAUGAGUGUUUACUUAUGUUCUACACAGAACACAAUUCCUGUUCCUGUUAUUAAAGCACUUCUUUUUAAUAUUUCAGUAAAUAAUAUUUAAUUAUGGACUAUAAUCAUUUAAUACUAUAUUUUGAAUUUAAUUUCAACAGUAUAAUAUUAUCUAAAUAAUGUACCUGAAAUUGUUUUAGAUUUCUUUUACAUCUCACCAUGCUGUAAAUGCAGUGUGUGGUUUAGCUUUUGCUACAAAAACAUUGAUUGCACUUAUAAAUUCUGAUAUUAUCAAUUUAGUUUUUACCCGUCAUCCUGCAUUAUUAUAUUUUAUAUUCGCUUCGAAUAUAAUACCCCACAAUGUACAAUUACAAUUAGUAAGAAAACCUAGUAGUUAUAAAAAUAUAUUUAAAUAUUACUUAAAAUUGUAAUUAAAUUAAUAUUUAGUUGUGUUAUCUAUUCAUAGAUUAAACAAUGGAUACUAAAUUUAGAUGAAAUUAGUUAUGUUGAAUUAGAAACAUUUUGUUUAAAGAACUACAAAGCUACAUUAUGUUUGCUGGUAAAUUUGGUUAAAUAUUGUAUAAUAUAGAUAAAAAGUGUUUUAAUAAUUAAAAUCUUAAUUAUUCAUUUUGUUUUCAAUAGAUUGAAUUAAUCAAUGACAAUAAUAUUGACAGAUAUAAACAACAAAUGGGAUUUAAUAUUAUUAAAAAAAUAAUAGCCACUGAAAACGAUAAUAAUGAACACAAAACAUUAUUAAUUAUUUGGGACAUGCUACCUACACAAUUAGGCUCAUUCUGUUGUAAUGAAAGUCCACAUGUAACAGAAGGUAUUACAAAUAUUUUGCUUAUAAUACUAAUAUUGUUUAACUAUUUUUAUAUUACUUUAGCCACAAAUUUAAUAUUCUUAUUAAAUUUGACUGAAUCAUUUUUUUUCUGCGGAGACAAAUUUUCCAUUAAUGAACACCAGCAUAUAGUUUAUACAAUGUCGUCUAUCAUAAAAAGCUAUCAAUUAACUUUUACUGAAAAGUAUACUCUGUUAUCAUCUCUUUUGCAGCACUUUUUAAACGUGGUUCAAUUAUCUAAUAAUGAUGAUGGUAGGUAAUUCAAACACUUCCAUGAGUGAUAUAAAUAAUAAAUUAAUAAUGUUUAUAUUAGUUCAUAAUAUUUAAUAAAAACAUUUUCUUUAAAACUCUGUCUGCAGUUUUAAAUACAAUUAAGAAGCAUAAUGGAUUUUUGAAUGUUCUUGAAAACUUGUGUUUAUUAGAAAACAAUAAAGUUUGUUUUCUUGUAUUUAACACUAUAAUAAAGUUAUGCCAACUUGAAAAAGAAGAAACGAAGAGGGAACAUAAACUUUUAGUAUGCUUUAUUAGGGUCGUUCUUUAAAAAAAAAAUUAAGCACCCUUAGAUCAGUUCCAAAUAAUAUAAGGAAUUAACAGACACAUAAAAAAAAAAUAUAUAUUAAGCACAUUGUAAAACCACAACAUUCCUUAUUAAUUUUGUAUCUAAUACCAUUUAAAAUUUAAAACAAAUUAUCAGUUUUCCUUUUUUGACCAUCCAAUAAAUAUUAUUUUAGAUAAUAAAAAAAACCAAGAAUUCAAACCUUUUUUUUUUCAUUACCUACCCAUUUGGAAAUGAUCUUAGGCGCUACUGAAAAUAUUUUUUCCAAAACCAAGAUAAGGCCCAAUCUAAUGCUCUACACUUGUUAUAUGUAACAUAAAUAUAAUGGAUGUACAUAAUAUUUAUACUUAACUUUUAUUUAGUCGUUGGUUUCAAUAAAAUGUGAAUAUAUUAUAUUAAGCACCAUGUCUAGACUGUGCCACAACUGCAUGUUAUCAUCCAUUACAUUAUUCCAAAUUGUUCUGAAAUAUUGCGAAGAAGAUAUUAGUUCCACAGUUGAAUUUAAUAGAAUACUAAAUGUAGAGUUUUUAAAGUCUAUUUUUAUCCAAUUAGAAACAAUUAUAUGUCAAGUAAAAAAUAAUAAUAUAGAAAUUAACUAAAAAUUAAUUUAAGUAUAUUUUACAAACAAUAUUAAUGCAUACAGGGACUAGAUUGGUUAUCAGACCAUGCUUGGGAAUGUUUGACUGCAAUUUUAUCAUCCAAACUAUUAAAAUGUUCGCAGCACUUUUCAGACCUUAAAGUUGAAUUGGUUGCUGAUCCUUGGCUCAGUUUUAUAAUUAGAAAUCAGAAUUCAUUUAGCGGAAAAUGUUUAGAAUUUUUAGAAUUUUGGUUUGCCGAAAUUGUAUCGAGGAGUUAA